AUAUAACUUAUCAUUAUAAAUAAGUUGUAUGUUCCACGUAUAUUUACAAAUUUCGGUUGUUUCUUUUUUAGAUUGUUUUUGAAAUUCAAGACUAGAUAUCGUUACUUUCUUUCUUUCUUUCUUUCAUUUAAUUUAUUCAUUUUCCCCAUAUACUUCAAUCUUUGAUAGAAACAGAUUUCAUAUUUAAAUACUAUUUAUUCUUAUACAACAAAAUCAUUUAUCAUGGGUAGAUUAGACUGGCUUACAGAAAAAACCAACACUCAUGGUUUGGCUGGUAAAAAAUUAAGAGUCGCCAUUACUAUUGUUGCUGUUACUGGGUUUUCAUUAUUCGGUUACGAUCAAGGUUUAAUGUCCGGUUUAAUUACCGCUGAACAAUUUAAUAAGGAAUUCCCUGCAACUUAUAAUAAUGGUACUAUUCAAGGUGCAGUCACUUCAUGUUAUGAAUUAGGUUGUUUCUUUGGUGCUUUAUUCGCUUUAAUAAGAGGUGAAAAAAUCGGUAGAAGACCUUUAAUUAUUUGUGGUUCAUUAAUUAUUAUUCUUGGUACUACUAUUUCCACAACUCCAUUCCAUCCUCAUUGGCCUUUAGGUCAAUUCGUUGUCGGUAGAGUUAUAACUGGUAUUGGUAAUGGUUUAAAUACCGCUACCAUUCCAGUUUGGCAAUCAGAAAUGUCUCGUGCUGAAAAUAGAGGUUUAUUAGUUACUAUGGAAGGUGCUGUUAUUGCCGUUGGUACUUUAAUUGCUUAUUGGUUAGAUUUCGGUUUAUCUUAUGUUAAUACUUCAGUUCAAUGGAGAUUCCCUGUUGCUUUCCAAAUUGUUUUCGCUGCCUUUUUAUUCUUUGGUAUUUUAAGAUUACCAGAAUCCCCUAGAUGGUUGAUUGCAAAUGAUAGAAGAGAGGAUGCUCUUUAUGUCUUAGGUAAAUUACAAGACUUACCUCCAACUGAUGAUGAAAUCAUUGCUCAAGCUACUGUUAUUACUGAUGCUGUUAAUAGAUUUGCUAAAACUCAAGUUGGUUAUAAAGAAGUUUUCACAGGAGGUAAAUCUCAACACUUCCAAAGAAUGGUUCUUGGUUCAUCUACUCAAUUCUUCCAACAAUUCACUGGUUGUAAUGCUGCUAUCUAUUAUUCAACUGUGUUAUUCGAAAACACUAUUGGCUUAGAAAGAAGAUUAUCUUUAAUUUUAGGUGGUGUUUUCGCUACUGUUUAUGCUCUUUCAACCAUUCCAAGUUUCUUCUUAAUUGAAUCUUUCGGUAGAAGAAAUCUUUUCUUAAUUGGUGCUAUGGGUCAAGGUAUUUCUUUCACUAUUACUUUUGCUUGUUUAAUUGAUAAUACUACCGCUAAUGCCAAGGGUGCCGCUGUUGGUUUAUUCUUAUUCAUUAUGUUCUUCGCCUUUACUAUUCUUCCAUUACCAUGGGUUUACCCACCUGAAAUUAAUCCAUUAAGAACAAGAACUAUUGCUUCUGGUUUCUCCACUUGUACUAAUUGGAUUUGUAAUUUCGCUGUGGUUAUGUUCACUCCAGUCUUUAUUGAUCAUGCCAGAUGGGGAGCUUAUUUAUUCUUUGCUAUUAUGAAUUUCUUAUUCGUUCCAAUUAUCUUCUUUUUCUAUCCUGAAACUGCCGGAAGAUCCUUAGAAGAAAUCGAUAUUAUCUUUGCCAAAUCUUAUAUUGACAAGAGAUUACCAUACAGAGUUGCUGCAACCAUGCCAAAAUUAUCAUUACAAGAUAUUGAAGAUGAAGGUAAUGCUUUAGGAUUAUACGAUGGUGAUUUCGCUAAAGAGCAAGCUGAAAUGAGAGAAGAUAUCAGUUCAAACUCUUCAGCUCAAAAGGAAGAUGGAGCCAAUGAUGAAGGUUUAUUAUCAUCCAAAGCUAAAGACGGAUCUAUUGUUUAAAUGGGAUUAAAUUAAAAUAAAAAAAAAUAUAUAUUCAAGAUAUAUAGAUGCAAGUUUUUCUAUAUACGUUUGGUUUAAUUUUAUUAGUUUUGUAGAUGAAGUAUGUACCAACUAAUAAUCACACACAGUACAUUAAUAUACAAAAUUAUGUUUUAUACUUGAUUUGAUUGUAGUGUCUUCAA